AUGGUUCCCAAAGUGAAUGAAAUUGAUGGAGCUACGGAGGUGAAUGAGGAUAAGCACCUUGUUCAUGGAAAUAGAGGUAAGCUUGCUGAAUGGCUUUGCUACCACUCUACUAAGAGCGGAGAUGAGCUGACCAGUCUUAGGGAUUAUAUCACAGGAGAAAACAAGAAAGCUGUUGAGAGUUCUCAAUUUCUUGAAAAGCUGAAGAAGAUAGGUUAUGGAUUUUUGUUCAUGGUUGACACCAUUGAUGAGUAUGCAAUGGGGCAACUAAAAGAGUUUGAGGGGAAGAAGCUUGUCCCUACAACCAAUGAGGGACUGAAAUUUGAUGAGAGUGAGGAUGGGAAAAAGAAGUACACUUGCAAAUGUGGAGAGGAUCAUGGAGGCCCAGACACUUAG